AUGGUGCUAUAUUUUAUCGGCCUUGGACUAGCAGAUGAAAAGGAUGUUACUGUUAAAGGAAAGGAAGCUAUUGAAUCUAGUGAAUUCGUCUAUUUGGAAGCUUAUACCUCUAUACUUAUGAUCAGCAAAGAGCGUCUGGAAGAAUACUAUGACAAAGAAUUUAUUUUGACAGAUAGAGAAUAUGUUGAGAGCAACUGUGAUGAGAUGCUUGAGAGAGCUAGAGACAAUGUAGUAUCUUUCUGAGUAGUUGGAGACCCCUUCGGAGCAACUACCCACACUGAUCUGUUCAUCAGAUGUAAAGAAAUGGGAGUUGAAACUAAAGUUAUCCAUAAUGCUUCGAUAAUUAAUGCUAUGGGCAUCACUGGGCUUCAGUUGUACAGAUUUGGAGAAAUUAUUUCCAUUCCUUUCUUCACAGAGAACUGGAGGCCAUACUCUUUUGCAGAAAAGAUUGAACAUAAUUUAGCAAGAGGACUACACACCCUUUGUCUUUUGGAUAUUAAGGUUAAGGAGCCUACUGAAGAAAGUCUAUGCAUGAAAGUCAAAGAAUAUAUGCCACCAAGAUUCAUGAGCUGUAAGACUGCUGUUGAACAGCUCAUAGAAGCUGCUAAAGAGAAUGGCUACGAGCAAUACAAUGAGGAAUCGAAAUGCUUCGGCCUUGCUAGAGUAGGAGCAGAUGAUAAUAAAAUUGUCUCAGGAUUACUCAAAGAUUUCCUUGAUAUUGAUAUGGGAGCUCCUCUCCAUUCCUUCAUCAUUUGUGGAGAAUUGCAUCCCGUUGAGGAAGAAAUGUAUGAGUAUUACCAACCCUCUUAA